AUUAUAAAUAAAGGCUUGUCGAUGAGUCACAAAAAUAACCCUGGAUCGUGAAUUUGUCUUGGACCAUGAUCAUGUUUUGACUCGCCUGCGCCUGAAAAUGUAAUCUUUUCUUCUGAAUGUUCGACGAAUUCAAGGAGUAGAUAAAGUAGAAGCAUAUUUAUAGCUUAAAGAAUAGAGAUGAUUGCAAACUGCAUGUAGUCAACCAGACAAGAUGUUUUCUGUAAGAAUUGUGACCUUCAACUACUACCAGACUUCCCCUAUUGAAGAUUUGGAUGUGACCUUCUCAGAAUUCAGGGGGUCAGAGGUCAAACAGGUCCCAGUCAUCAGGGUCUUUGGUUCAACUCCAUCGGGCCAGAAGACAUGUCUUCAUGUCCAUGGAGUCUUUCCUUAUAUAUACAUCCCGUAUGAUGGCAGCCAGCCUACUGACCGCUACCUCCAUCAGAUGGCCAGUAGUCUGGACACUGCCCUGCAGGUGGCUCAAGGGAAGGCUUCUUCCUCUGUCCAGCAUGUCUUCAAGAUCUCACUUGUUUCGGGAAUACCUCUUUAUGGAUACCACAAGUCAGAGAGACAAUUUUUGAAAAUCUAUUUCUACAACCCUGCUGUCAGGAAAAGAGCUGUUGAGCUUCUUCAGAAUGGUGCUGUUAUGAAUAAGAUCUUCCAGCCUCAUGAAUCUCAUGUUCCUUUCAACCUCCAGUUUCUUAUUGACUACAACUUGUAUGGAAUGAACAUGCUGAAUCUGGCUGCAGUGAAGUUUCGUAAGUCAGAGGAGGUUACAGAUUCAGCCAAUCAGAAGCCUUCAUCACCAAAACCAUCUACAAGCUUCCAAGAUACCAGCCUCCCUGGCGCCCCCACGCCCCUGAGGCGACGUCAUAGCAGUGGUAGUAUGAGUAUCUGUACCCAGGUUUGGGCGGAUGAGAACAUUCCAUCAUCCCAAUGGCUAGGGGAAGAUAUCAAGAGACAGAGCAGCUGUGAGCUUGAGGUGGAUGCGGUAGCAGCAGAUAUACUCAAUAGGAUGGACCUGCAAGAUAAUGCUGAGACGAACCCAGGCCUGGUUGGUAUCUGGGAGGAUGAGAGACAGAGGAGAGAACAACUAAAUCAGAUGGAUCAACUACUACCUCCAUCUUCACCAGGUAAAUUAUCAAGGGACUAA